GCAAGAGAUCAGCUAAAGACUUAUAUGUCAGAGAGUCAGCUCUGGCCUCUCAUCGAAGAGCUUAAGAAAAGUAAAGAAGAUGUAAUGAACAUUUAUUUUGAAAUUCGAAAUCUCACUACACCCUCCACCGACAUAAGAAGAAGAGUUGAUACGUGUGAAUCUGUGACCACAGAAAUCAUCAACAUUGCAUACAGCAGAGCUAUAGAUGAGGAAAGUGGAUUUAAUGAGCAGCAGGAGAGACACCGCCUUCAUGAACUGCUCCGCCACGACUAUGCAAAGUCGGUCUAUGGAUCCGCAGCCUCUUUCAUAAGUCACAGCCAGUCCGAUCACUACUCCACUACUUCAUCCAUGACAGCAAAACGUGCGGAGGCAGCAGCUGAACUAGCAGAAAAGGAAGCAAAUUAUCAGAUGCUGCUGGAGGAAGAAAAGCAAAAAGAAUCUAUAAGAGAGUUAGAGGAGCAACAACGCAAGGCUCUAGAGGUACAAAGGCGUGAGUUGGAGCGAUUACAGGCAGCAAAAGAGAUACGGGCCGCUCAAGCCAAAUUGAAGGUUUAUGAAAGGGAGUCUGAACAAAAGGAUGCUUUCUAUCUCAAAAGGGAACGGAACAUGGAACCAAAGAAAGUACCUGUAACUACAGCGCCCCUCUCUCCAGUUGCAACGCCCCAUCAUACAGACCUACCCUCUCUCACUCAGCUCCUUCAAGACAACAUAGCCUUAAAUAGGCUUCCUGUUCCUGAGCCAUUUGUCUUCAAUGGGGAUCCCAUACAAUUUGUUGAAUGGAAGGCAGCAUUCACUUCACUCAUAGACCAAAGGGCAAUCACGCCAGCCGAAAAACUAUACUACCUGAAAAAGUAUGUUGGUGGCCCAGCACGGCAGGCUUUAGAUGGCAACUUUUACCGAAAUGACAAUGAAGCAUAUCAAGAUGCAUGGGACAAAUUAAACCGUCGCUUUGGCCAGCCAUUUGCCAUUCAGAGAGCGUUUCGAGAGAAGCUCAUCAACUGGCCGAGAAUACCAUCAAAAGACGCUGAAGGAUUGAGACGCUUCUCAGAUUUUCUGAAUGCUUGUAAAGACGCCAUGCCACAUGUGAAGGGUCUCGACAUAUUAAAUGAUUGGGAAGAAAAUCGGAAGCUCGUUCACAAGUUACCGGACUGGGCAGCUUUGCGUUGGAACAGACAAGUCACGCAAAGCCUAAAUGAAAAUCAAGAAUUUCCAAGUUUCAAAGAGUUUGCUAGAUUCACGUCGGAUGAAGCUGAGAUUGCUUGCAAUCCCAUUACGUCAUUUCAUGCCCUUCAUUCAUCAGAUUCUUACACUGAGAAGAGAAAUCUCAGAGAUGUGAAGAGAAACAAGGCUAGUGUGUUUACCACUCAAAUAGUCACUGACAAUGAAAAACACAAGUCGGAACAUAGGAAAGUUAAGACUUCAUGCAUCUUUUGUCAAGAUAAUAGACACCAGCUACACGCAUGCUACAAGUUUACUGAAAUGGUAUUGGUUGAGCGACGCAACUAUAUAAAGGAAAAGAAACUCUGUUAUGGAUGCCUGAAACCCGGCCACAGCGUGAGAGACUGCCGUCAUCGUCUUUUCUGUGACCACUGUAAAGGAAAGCAUCCUACAGCCCUGCAUGAUGACAACUAUAAAAGAGAAAGGACUGCAUCAGAACCAGAGACAAAUAUAGGCGCUGCUGCAACGUCACUCAGUAUAGCAGGCGUAGGCUCAUCAAACACAUCUAUGGUGAUACCAGUUUGGGUUUCAUCUAAAAAUGACCCAACCACUGAGAAACUCGUCUACGCACUACUCGACACUCAAAGCGAUACUACAUUCAUUGACCAAGAAGUGAGUGAUGGUCUUAAUGCUGACAAGUAUCCAGUGAAAUUGAAGUUGACGACUAUGAGUGGCAGGGAUACGGUGCUCACAAGCGAAGGAGUCUCUGGGCUUCGUGUUAGAGGAUAUAGUUCUGCAGUUCAAGUUGAUCUUCCUGUCACCUACACAAAGGACUGCAUUCCUGUCAACCGCUCUCACAUUCCCACUUGUGAGACGGCUAAGCAAUGGAGUCAUCUGGCUGAAAUAGCUGAUGAAAUACAACCACUGAAGGACUGCGUAGUAGGUCUUUUAAUCGGCUACAACUGCUCAAGAGCCAUGGCACCAAGACAAGUCCUUUUAGGAGGAGAUGAGGAACCCUACGCUGUAAGGACUGAUUUAGGAUGGAGUAUUGUAGGGCGCUCACUACAUACCCAGGAUACAUCUAGUUCACACCAUCUGUGUCACAGAACUACAGUCAAGGAGCUACCUCCAUUAACUCCUACUGACGUCCUUCGCAUUCUAGAGUCUGACUUCAAAGAUGGCAAUGAUGACAGCAAAAUUGUGUCACAAGACGACAUCACAUUCCUCAACAUACUGGAUGAGGGAAUAAAGAAAAAUGUGUACGGGCAUUAUGAAAUGCCUCUGCCCUUCAAAACCAGACCCAGCCUGCCUGACAACAAAGGCUCCGCUAUGACACGCCUCCUUCACCUUAAAAGGAAAUUGCAAAGGGAUGAAAGGUAUAAGGAACGUUAUGUUGAGUUCAUGGAGGAAAUCAUCGAGCAAGGAGAUGCUGAGCAGGUCAAUGACGGUGGGAGUGAAGGGGAGAGAUGGUACAUUCCCCAUCAUGGUGUGCAUCAUGCAAAAAAGCCAGAUAAACUUCGUGUAGUGUUCGACUGCUCAGCCAGAUACAAAGGAACAAGCUUAAAUGACCACCUCCUCUCUGGGCCUGACAUGUUGAACAAUUUAAGUGGAGUUCUCAUCCGUUUCCGACAGCACCCUGUUGCAUUGAUGUGCGACAUUCAGAAGAUGUUCCAUCAGUUUCAUGUGGUCGAAUCUGAUCGCAACUUUCUGCGCUUUCUUUGGUGGAAGCAAGGAGAUUUGAACUCACAGCCCAUCGAGUUUCGCAUGAAAGUGCAUCUGUUCGGUGCAGCCUCCUCUCCGGGAUGUGCAAACUACGGGAUGAAACAUCUAGCUAAAGAGAAUCGCGACAUCUACACUCAGGGCUCAAGAUUUGUGAUGAGGGACUUUUAUGUAGACGAUGGACUCGCAAGUAUCGAAACCACUGAAGAUGCUAUUCAGCUUGCCAGGGAAGCACGUGAACUCUGUGCCAUGGGCGGUCUCCGACUACAUAAGUUUGUGUCUAAUGACAGAAAGGUAUUAGAGAGUAUACCACUCUCUGAACGAGCCAAUAACGUGAAGGAUAUGGAUCUCUCAUUUGAUGAAUUGCCACUUGAGAGAGCUCUCGGGAUUCAAUGGGAUGUGGAGUCUGACCGCUUCAAGCUUAACGUCAGCCUCAAAGAACAGCCUGCAACACGACGCGGCAUUUUAUCUACAGUGGCUUCUCUGUACGAUCCUCUUGGGUUUGUGGCGCCAGUCGUCCUCAAAGCAAAGGUAAUUCUUCAGGAGAUGUGCAGACGAGGUACUGGCUGGGACGAUCUUCUCACUGAUGAGCUUCGACCAAAAUGGGAACAAUGGAGAAGUGAUCUUGCCCAAUUAGAUCAUUUCACCAUAUCCCGUACCUACUCACCUGCUGGAUUUGGAAGGGUCUCCAAGACAGAGCUGCAUCACUUUUCUGAUGCCAGCAUGAAGGGUUAUGGCCAGUGUUCAUACCUGCGACUUCAAAAUGAAGAGGGAGAUAUUCAUUGUGCUUUAGUUGUAGGAAAAUCACGUGUUUCUCCAACCAAGAUCACAACCAUCCCAAGACUAGAAUUGACAGCAGCAGUUGUUUCCGUGAAGAUAAGCAACAUGCUUAAGGAGGAAUUGGGAUGUAUUGACGCAGAGGAGUUCUUCUGGACCGACUCUAAAGUGGUCUUAGGAUAUAUAAGAAACGAAGCACGACGAUUCCACACGUUUGUGGCUAACCGGAUACAGAAGAUUCAGCUAAGCUCAGCCCCACAACAGUGGCGAUAUGUUCCAACAGAUGAGAAUCCUGCUGAUCAUGCUUCCCGGGGCUUGACUGCCAGUGAGUUUUUGUCAUCUACCUGGCUCACUGGGCCUAAGUUCUUAUGGAACAAGGAAAUAAAGGUGGCUACAGACGAAGUGCCAGAGUUAACAGUCGGAGAUCCAGAGGUCAGGAGUGUUCUAGCGCUCAUUACCAAAACCACAGAACACGUAAGCCUCGUUGAUCGCUUGUCCAAGUUCUCAUCCUGGUCGCUGGCUACACGAGCAGUUGCACGCAUUCUCCGGCGCGUAAGGAAUAACAGAUCAAACAAUCUUACCACUGUAACAGAACGAGAAGAGGCAGAACAUUGCUUAAUCAAAAUUCUGCAGAAAAAUGUGUAUCAAGAAGAGUUGAACCUGCUGAGCAAAGGAAUCCCUCUACCACGGCACAAUCCUUUACAUGCUCUUGACCCUUUUCUCCACAACGAUGGUGUUCUCAGGGUGGGAGGAAGGUUGUGCAACUCCUCUCUUCCCAAUUUCAUCAAGCACCCUGCAAUCAUUCCAAAAGAUCAUCACAUCACAAGGAUGAUUAUUGCCUAUAACCAUGAGAAGAUGAAACAUCAAGGUAAAGGUCUGACACUUAAUGAAAUAAGGCGCAGUGGCUACUGGAUUAUAGGAAUUAACAGGGCUGUUGCAUCCUUCAUUCGUCAAUGUGUCACCUGUAGACGGCAACGCAGACCUAUGGAGGAGCAAAAGAUGGCCGAUUUACCUCCUGAACGCUUGGAACCAUCCCCUCCUUUCACUUUCUGUGGCAUGGACUGCUUCGGGCCAUUCCUUACAAAGCAAGGAAGAAAAGAGAACAAGAGGUAUGGUCUUCUUUUUACUUGCCUAAGCUCCCGUGCCAUUCAUAUUGAGAUUCUUGAAGACAUGACGACAGAUGCUUUCAUCAAUGGCCUUCGUUGUUUCAUCGCCAUACGUGGUUCCGUUCGUCAGAUCAAAUCUGAUCAAGGAAGCAAUUUUGUGGGAGCCAAGAAUGAGUUCAGAGAUGCUCUAAAGGAAGUUGAUGCAGACCGUCUUGCUGUAUUUCUUGCAAAUAAGCAGUGCGACUUUAUCAUGAACGCACCCCAUGCUAGCCAUGCAGGAGGGGUGUGGGAAAGACAUAUAAGGACCGUGAGAAGCGUUCUAAGAUCCACUCUUGCCCUUUCCUCUGGUAGACUAAAUGAUGCUUCGCUGCGAGCCUUUUUCUAUGAAGCUAUGGCUAUAGUCAACAGUCGUCCUUUGACUGUUGACAAUCUCAGUGACCCCCAUAGCCUCGAACCACUCACUCCUAAUCAUCUUCUGACAAUGAAAUCGGUCCAGGCCUUACCUCCUCCUGGUGAAUUCGUUAGAGAAGAUAUUUAUGGCAAGAAAAGGUGGAGACAUGUUCAAUACCUUGCAGAACAGUUUUGGAGUCGAUGGCGGAAGGAAUAUCUGGCCAACAUUGCUCUUAGACAACGCUGGCAUGCUCCAAGAAGGAAUUUACAGGUUGGAGAUAUUGUAAUCCUGAAAGGAGAGGAUUUGCACAGGAACGAGUGGAGAUUGGGUAGAGUUUCAGAAACCACUACUGACAAAGAUGGACUAGUACGGAGAGUUAAACUCCAGCUUGGUGACAGUAAGCUUGGAAAGAAAGGAGAGCGUCUUCACAAGUUGUCAGAAGUUGAGCGCCCCAUCCAGAAGCUUGUUCUGUUGCUGGAGUCUUAACUAAAUCUGCUCCUUCCCUCUAUAGUGCAUAAUAUUACAUAGUUGCCGUUAAGUUUACAACUUUGGCAUAAGUUGUCUUUGUUCUUAUACAGGCUUUGGGAAAGCAAUUUUCAGUUGAAAUCAUUUGUGCUUAAUGUUCUCUGUGUAUGUUCCAUUAUUCACUCAUGAUUGGUGGGAGUGUAACUAACUCUUAAGAAAGAGAAACUAAGGUGAUUUUUCUAAGCUCCAUUUUAUUUAGUCUCCUUUGUUAAUGUAAUAAGUGCUCUUAUCCCGCCCCCUAGUGGAACGUUAAUUUCGCACCUAGAAAGGUGGGACCAAUUAGUGAGACGCACACACGGAAAAGGAAAGAGCGCAUGCUGUUUGAAAAACGCUCUGAAAUUGUAAAUAUCGUUCUAAAAGGUUAUCAAAUACAUGAAUGGAUAAUUUAAGCACCUAGCUGGAACGGGAACAAGCUCUUACGGUGUUUCAUGAAGAAAAGGUGUAACAAAAGAAAGGCAGAUUUGUGUUUUUAAAGGAAAGGCUAACGGCUGAACACAAAAUAAAGGCUUUUUGAAACAUCAGUACGCUUCACCAUUGUCUG